AUGUAUCUAUUAUUCAUUCUGCUUGUGGUAUUGAAUUUAUUGGCUAAAUUUAAUGCAUAUCCUGGUAUGAAUUCGAAACAGAAACUAACGGUGAUUGGUCCAACAUGUACUCAAGGUGGACACAAUCCGCUACCUCCAUCUGGAAUAUGUCCUCAAUCAAACGAUACAUUUGUUUUUCCAGGUAUGCAUGAUAUUCCAAGUGGUCAAAGUGCUAUUCAUCGUUGGCCACCUUGGUUCACAGUUGAAUGGGAUUUCUAUUUUAUUUUUGAUCCUGCCAAUAUUCCACCCUAUUUUCCGAUUCCACAAGGUAAUUUUACUUCUACACGCGGUCGUACAUAUUAUGAUGAUACAACCAGUCAAGGUCGAUGUAUGAGAGAAGUGUAUGACAAACGGUGUAUACCAAUAUUUUUUACGGAUGUUUUGUCAGUGAAUAACAAUUAUUCAUGUGAUUUUCUCAAUAUUGGUGAAACACAAACAGCCUAUUUAAUUUUGCAUGAUGAUCGACCCAAAGGAGCACCAGAAUGUUGUAUUAUUGGUCAACCAUUUUAUCCACCAGCAAGAAAUUUUUCUGAUCAAUUAUAUAUCAAGAAAAAUUCGACAAUUGAGAACAUUGAUAUUGAUUGGAAUGGUUUAACUCUGGAAGAUGCUGGUUUAUUUCUAUACGGUUUCUACAAUAAAACAACAAUCAUUCCUCAUGAUCCCAUUCCUGCUUCACGUCCAUACGUAUUCUAUAUGAUGGGUGCACCACAAAUAGCCACAUGGAUGUAUCAAAAAUUUGGUGACUGGGACCCGAUUAGAAAGCCUGAUCGUGGAAUAUGGCAGAUACCUGAAGCAUGUCAACAAGCAACUGUGUGCCCAGAAAUGGCAAAUGAUCUAAUAAAACAUUUCAAAGACAUCUGCCAAAUUAAUGUGGCUUUUUCUACGAUUCGACGUUCUACUGUAAAAUGUGGUAACAAUGAAUAUAAUCAAUUGGCUUAUGUUAAAGACUUAGAGUCUUUUUGUGCAUUAUUUUGUAAAGAAAACUGGCCACAACGAAUAUGUAAACAGAAUUUUACUUUACAGUCUACGCCAUCCUUUCCUCCACAACUUUCGUUCGUCAUAAAAAACGUCGAUUUGAAAAUUGAUUUCAAUGAUUUCUCGAGUGAUUUAAAAGUGAAUACUUCUGAAAUCCACCAAGUUAUUCGACUAAAAAACAAGUUUCAAAAUGAUAUUAAAAUGAUAAAAGUUGAAUUACUAUCGGUGGAAAAACGUGACGAAAUUUUGGAAAAUGGUAGAAUUCAUGUGAACGGGAUGUGUUAUGAUGUCGAUCCGUAUCUUACAUUACCACAAGUACAGGCACCAUGGUACUCUGCUUCAACUAGUCCUGUUAUUAAUAAAGUUGACGAACUAAUAAAUAAAGUAGUUGAAAUGAGCCAGAAUUUAGAACGAAUUGCAAAGAAGAAUGACGAUCUUGAAAAACUAAUGAAGGAGAAAAUUGAAUGUGAUGAAAGAAAUUGA